AUGCGGUCUGCUUUCGAAACAGCUCGCAUGAACAUGCUAACAACCACGACCCAGAAAACCGACUCACCCUACACCUUCUCCCACCACGAAGACUGCCUCCGCUCCGUCCGCCGCACCCACCUGAUGCGCUCCCUCACCGACAGUAAAGACGACAGCCGCAUCCUCUGGCACAUGCGCCUCCUCCCACCCCUCUGGGCCAGCGCCCCAUCCCCCAAACACACACCCCUAAGCCUCACGCCCACCGAAAACGACGCCAUAACCACACUCCUCCUGCUCCGCCGCGCCGCCUCCCUCACCUCCUCCCAACUCACCUACCUCCACACCCUCCACUCCUCCUACCAAACCAUGGAGUCCGCCCUCCGCGACCUAGACGAAACAUACUCUGAAUUCAAAUCCUACAUGAACAUGCCUGGUUUCCAGACGAAUAUCCUGCUGCCGGCUGUGAUUCGCAAUGCGAAGAAUAUACCGAGGAACCCUGUCGCGUGGAGUGAUGAGCUGAGGAGUAAGAUUGAGGGCAUGGUGGAGAAGUGGCGGGGGCAGAGGGAUGUGGUGGAGAGGGUGAGGGGGUUGUUGGAGAGUAGUAAUGUGGCGAUGGCUGUGCCGGAUGAUAGCUUUGAUGAGCUGGGGAGUGAUUUUUGA